AUGAGUCAAUAUUUCUUUCUUAUACUCUCAAUUCUAUUGCUCAACAUUCACAAUAUCCAAGCUGAGGGUCUCAACAGGACAAGAGUGGUGAACGUCGAUGAUUUUCGUGCUAGACGCAAUGGAUCUAUUGAUGAUAAUGAGGCAUUUGUGAAAGCUUGGAAAGAAACCUGUUCGUCUUCUAUUUCAUCUGUCUUUAUGGUUCCUCAGAACAGAGAAUACCUUCUCAAGCCAAUUAAUUUCUCAGGCCCUUGCAAGUCUAAUGUAAAAUUUUUGAUCAAGGGAAGAAUUGAAGCUUCUUUAAAUCCGUCAAAUUGGAAUGAAUACGACCCAAGGCACUGGAUCGUCUUCGAUAAUAUAAAGAAGCUAGUAGUCACAGGUGGAGGGAUCAUCAACGGUAAUGGACGUAUAUGGUGGCAAAAUUCUUGCAAGAAGAAUGAAGCCCUGCCCUGCACAGGUGCACCAACGGCUUUGACCUUUAGUGCAUGCAAACGCUUGAGAGUGGAGAACCUGAGGAUUAAAGAUAGCCAACAGAUGCAUGUAGUAAUAGAGAAAUCGAAAAAGGUUGUAGUCUCGAAACUCUUGAUAAAGGCACCAGAGAAAAGCCCGAACACAGAUGGGAUUCAUGUAACACACUCGGAGAACGUGAUCAUAAGAAAUUGCAAAAUCAGAACAGGUGACGAUUGUGUAUCGAUCGUGUCUGGAUCGAAGAAUAUCGAAGUCAGAAACAUCACUUGUGGUCCGGGUCAUGGCAUCAGCAUUGGAAGUUUAGGGAAAUAUAACACAAAGGCCCAUGUCAGAAAUGUAGUGGUGGACACGGCCAUUUUGAAUGGUACAACAAAUGGAGUUCGGAUCAAGACUUGGCAGGGAGGUCGCGGCUACGCAAAAUCGAUAACCUUUCAGAACAUCAACAUGCACAACGUCAAAAAUCCCGUAAUCAUAACACAAAACUACUGUGACUCCAAGAUUCCAUGCCAUGAACAACAUCGUGCUGUGGCCAUCAGCAAAGUUCUAUUCAAGAACAUCAAGGGGACGAGCGCUUCAAAAGUGUCAGUGAAAUUGGACUGCAGCAAGAGUGUCGGAUGUAAAAAGAUAAUGUUGCAGGAUAUUAAUUUGGUAGGAGAAGAUGGAGAUAGCACAGAAAGUUGCUGCAAAAAUGUUCGGUGGAGUAAAAGAGGGACGGUAGUUCCACCUCUUUGUGUCUGAAGAAUUUGCUGAGAAUAACAGGCUAAGGACACGAAAAAUAUUAGCGGAAAAUGUUAGGUUAUGUUUAUUUAGUAGAAGAGAACAGGAGUUUAGAUGACUCUCUGACAUGAAGAUUCAUCAUGUAUUAUGUAGUGAUCGAUAUUUCGUUACAGUUUUGGAUUAACAAAACCUUGUUUUAUGGUAUCACAGUGGAAUAUU